UGGGGGAUGUGGAAAGAAAAUUCAAAGAAGAGGAAGAAGUGCAAAAUUUUCCACACGGUUUGGCGCUAUAAGAGUAAGCAGAAAACGAUGCAGAAGUGAGUACAAAGCACAAUGGUUGGCAAAAUUCGCUUAUUGCUUCUUUCACUGUUUUUCUUCUUAAUCUCGAUCCACGCCAAGCUUGAACUCUACCCCUCAGACUUCAAGGCACUCUUGGCUCUGCGAAAGGAUUUCGGAGUCAACGGUCAACUGGACCUAAAUGAAGCAUGUUACACGGAGGGUGUGUUCUGCGAGCGAAGGCUCUCCACCAAGGAAACCUACGUCCUCCGAAUAACCAGGUUGGUCUUCAAAUCAAAGCAUCUCAAAGGUGUCUUGUCCCCCGCAAUAGGACGCCUCACCGAGCUCAAACAACUCCUUCUCUCCCACAACCAACUCGUUGACCGCCUCCCUCCCCAAAUCGUUGACUGCCGUAAGCUCGAAAUCCUCGACCUUUCCAACAACCUCUUCUCCGGGGAGGUCCCCUCCGAACUCUCCUCUCUCACGCGCCUUCGCGCGUUGGACAUAUCCUCCAACCAAUUCUCCGGCAACCUCAACUUCCUCAAGUACUUCCCCAACCUCGAAACCCUCUCCGUCGCCGACAACCUCUUCACCGGAAGGGUGCCUUCUUCCGUCCGCUCCUUCCGCAACCUCCGCCAAUUCAACUUCUCCGGCAACAGCUUCCUCGAACCCUCUCUCCACUCCUCAUCAGACCCCGUUCUCUCGAGACGUUUCCUCUUGGACGGUGCGGAUGCACCUUCUCCUCCGCCUGCCUCAAGCAAGAGAAACUCCCAAGCCUCUAAUGUUUCCCCUGCAUCGGCACCUGGUCCUUCACCUAACCAUCAUAAACACAAGCACACUAAGAGAAAACUCCUGGGGUGGAUUCUCGGGUUUUUGGCAGGGGCACUGGCUGGAACCUUAUCAGGGUUCGUGUUUUCUCUGUUGUUCAAACUGGCUUUGGCGUUGAUCAAAGGAAGAGGAAAGAGAGCGGGUCCUGAUAUUUUUAGUCCCUUGAUUAAGAAAGCAGAGGAUUUGGCCUUCUUGGAGAAGGAAGACGGACUCGCUUCGAUGGAAGUCAUUGGACGCGGUGGCUGUGGAGAGGUUUACAAGGCUGAGUUACCAGGAAGCAAUGGCAAAAUGAUUGCUAUAAAGAAAGUUAUUCAACCUCCCAAAGAUGCUGCUGAAUUAGCAGAGGAAGAUAGCAAGGCUAUGCAUAAGAAAAUGAGGCAAAUUCGGUCUGAGAUUAACACUGUGGGACAAAUUAGACACCGAAACCUUCUGCCUCUGUUAGCGCAUGUUUCUAGGCCUGAUUGCCACUACCUCGUUUAUGAGUUCAUGAAGAAUGGUAGCUUGCUGGACUUGCUGCAAAAGGUUCAAAACGGUGAGGGAGAGCUGGAUUGGUUUGCACGGCAUAGAAUCAUGCUUGGUGUUGCUGCUGGACUUGAAUACCUUCACAUGAAUCACAGCCCUCGCAUCAUUCACAGGGAUCUCAAGCCUGGAAAUAUUCUUCUUGAUGAUGACAUGGAAGCACGCAUAGCUGAUUUUGGACUCGCUAAGGCAAUGCCGGAUUACAAGACUCACGUAACCACCUCCAAAGUGGCUGGUACUGUGGGGUACAUUGCUCCUGAGUAUCACCAGAUACUUAAGUUCACUGAUAAGUGUGACAUCUACAGCUUUGGAGUAAUCCUUGGGGUGUUGGUGACUGGGAAGCUUCCUUCCGACGAGUUCUUUCAGCAUACUGAUGAGAUUAGCUUGGUCAAGUGGUUGAGGAAUAUUUUAAGUUCUGAGAAUCCCAAGAAGGCUAUUGAUCCGAAGCUGCUCGAAAAUGGGUAUGAGGAGCAGAUGCUUCUGGUUGCGAAGAUUGCAUGCUUUUGCACCAUGGAUGAUCCCAAAGAGAGGCCUAACGCAAAGGAUGUUAGGUGCAUGUUGUCUCAGAUCAAACACUGAUCAAUCUGUUGGAUAAG